CUCUCUCUCUCUCUCUCUCUCUCUCUCUCUGAAACACACACUGGAGCUGGAGGCAGCGGGAUAAAUGUGGACUGCAGUGUCUCAUUCGCAGCAUCUCAUUAUCUCCGGUACCGGCUGGACCGACGCCGCGGUUACUGCUGCAGCUUCACCGGAGAAAACAUCACGUAUCCUGGUAUGAAGCAUAGGGAGCUGUCCGAGGCGUCCUCCCAUGGGCAUGUUUGUCCUCUGGCCGUUCAGCCUGUGUGUCUCUGCUCUGCACACAGACGCUCUGGGAGAGAGAAGAGAGACGGUCUAAAAAUAAACUGACACUCACACCAGCAGCAGAAAAAAAAAGAAGAAAAAGACAAACCAACAAAUAAAUGAGGGCAAAGAAGAGUUCCUCUUGUUGUUCAUCUCCGACUCUCUCUCUGUGAUCCGUUUCCCGUUUCUCUGUCCUCAUUACGGCCUGAGACGAGGUCAUGUCCCAGUCUGGAAAAGUCCUUCAUUUGUAUGUGGAAGUGAGGUCUGCCCCGGAUCAGAGCGGAGGGAAAGGGGGGUUUGGGGGAAAGGAAGAAGAAGGGGUUUCUCAGGAGCAUUCUGUCAAGGACAAUCCUGCAGAGCUCCUGUCUCAGAUAGCGAACCAGGCGACCUGCAAGACCGCCGGCAAGACCUCCACGCCUCAGCGUCUGGCUCAGGACUGCACGCACACACACGGCACAUCCCCUUCCAGGAACACGGUCAGCUUCCAGCUCCAGCAGACCAGCAGCUCUCCUAAAGUCACAAAGCGUUGGAGCGCGCCGGGCGAUGAUGGAGUCGACUCUCCACAGAUGCAAUCCCCUAGAAAGCCCAUCGUUCCUAAAGCUUCUCCCAACUGCCCGAGGUUAAAAGAGGGAGAGGUCAGCGAUGGCAGGCGGUCCGUGGUCACCUUCAGUUACAUCGAGAAGUCAAAUGUCAAGACCAUGGACAGCCCGAGAAUGAGGGAGGAGCGGUCCACCACUUGUCACUUUCGCAAAAAAAGACUCAGCGACCCGGUUUGGUUUGGAAGUCCGGAUUCAUCGUGCAGCUCUAGUCCCAAACUGACUUUCCGAUCGCCGGGAAGUGACCAGCGGACAUUCUCUCCGGGCUUCCGCCGAACCCCCUUGGACCCCAUCGGGAGGGCGGCUACGCAGCGGGCCGUGGAGGAGUUCGGCUCGCCUCUGCUGAGGAUCAAACUCGCCCAUGCACUCGAGAGCAUACCGUCCUCUCGCUACAGCCAGCAGCCGCGGUGUCAGUCCUGGGCCGGCUCCCCCGUCCAGCGUCAGAACGUCAGCGUCAACCCCAAAGAUGACGACUUCACAGAUCGGAGCCGGGGCGUUUGUGGCUUCCGGUCCAGUCCGGUGUCCUCCAGAUCUCCUCAUUUUAAACCCGAGGACAAAGAGUCGAUAGGAAGUCCGACGAGCAAAAGACACAUUCACACAGCCUACAACAGAAGCACUUCACCGCAGGGAGCGAUCCUUCAUCUAGGCAAUAAUGUCAUCGAGGGCUUGAACCAGCUGAGCGACAGUAGAUCUUCCUCCGCCACUCAAAGCCCCGAAGUCGCCCGCAGGCUGGCGGAGGAGGCGACCAAAGUGUCCUCUAUUUUCACAGAGGCGAGACGGUCCUCGUUGCACAACGCCCUAGGCGAGCCCGUGGGGGAAUUCCACACCUCGGCGACAAACGCACAAACUCUCAAGAUGAACAUCCCUUUAAACGACCAGCAGACGGCAGCGACCGACAACAACGAUGAUUCUCACCAGCUUGAAAACUCUUUGACCGUGGAGUCUCGGUCGCACGACACAAACUCACACGCUAACUGCGAAUCCAAAAAAAAGGUGGAGGGUGAUCAGAAAUCCCGGCGGCAGAGCUCGGCUUUGUCGGCGGUUCAGAGUUCCCCCGCCAUGCCUUCGCGCAUUUACCGACCGUCCCACCCUCCCACUGAUCUUAGUUCGCCCUUACGGGAUCCGAGGUUGUUCCAAGCUGAGAUUCGAGCACCUGAAACCCCGACCCUGCAUCGCCGUCAGCUCCCGCAGUACACCAGAGAAUCCUGGCCCCUGAUCCCAGACAAAGGCGGAGACUUGAGCUGCUUGGAGAAAGGGGAUUGCACCGAGCUCGCUCGUCGGCUCUUUAUCAAUCAGAGUGUUGUUGAGGCGCCGGUGAGCUGGACGUCAAGGCUGCACUGGGGGAACGCCGUGGAGGACAGCUCAAGUCCGAGCGCUGAGCCUGACUCUGGGUCUGUCAAUAAUAAUCAGACCAACGAGCGUCGAGCCAGUCGCCGGUCGCUGAGUCCCACCGCCCAGCAGAAACGUGCCGAGCAGAGACGGAGGGAGAUCCUCCUGCUGGGACCGGUGGCUUUGGACUCUCCAGACGAGGAUGAAGGUUGUGAUGAUGAUGAGGAGGAAGAGGAGCAGGGGGACGAGAUGGAUGGAUUCGGGGCGGAGCAGCAGCCGGGCCUGCAGCGGGCGGAAGAGCCUGCAGACGGGGAGCAGAACGGAGGGAUGGGAGGGUCGUCCUCCAGGAGCUCCAGCGGGGUGACGGGCAGCUUGGGCGACAGGGACUGUGUGUCCCCCGAGUCCAGUCAGUCCAGUCACCAGAGCAACGAGACCGGGGCUGCAACCUCAGGAAUACAGACGGACAGUGGCUGUGCGGCGCCCGUGCCCUCCCUCCACUGCCAAAGGAUCGCUCGUGCCAAGUGGGAGUUUUUGUUCGGGACUCCUGCCGAGGAGGCUGCCAGCAGGGGGGAGAAAAAUUCUCUGGAAACCUCCACAGCUCCUCCCAGUGGCAACUCCAGCGAGUCUCCCACCCCGACUCCUCCCUCCUCCCUGCCUCUGCUCUCCGCCAAUCACGAGGUGCAGCACGUGGAGGUCGAGCUGCUGACCCCUCCCCCGGCCGUCAUCGGGACUUCGCCCAAAACCGGAAUCAUCCGGCGCACUUUAAAGUACUCGGAAACAGACCUGGACGCCGUCCCGCUGCGCUGCUACAGAGAGACGGACAUUGACGAGGUGCUGCUGGCCGAGCAGGAGGACGCUGACUCGGCGUUUGGGAGUAACCGCAGCGUUCAGGGCACGUCGGGGGCCGGCAGCAGCCCUCUGGGGGGUCUGGUAUAUGGGAGGACAGGAAGGGAGGAAGCAGAGGAGGAGAGGCUGGAGGAGGAAGACGAGGAUGAGGAGGAGGAAGAUGAGGAAGAAAUGGUGAGCUGGGCCAGUGUGAGGAUGCAAGGAGACAACAGGAAGCAGCAGUUUGCAGCUGAGGAGGAGCCGGAGGUGUUCGGUCACCUGCUGAAGAGACCGAUGGAAACGUUUUUCGACAACCACCACCCGGCCCUCAAAUCCCCCAUCCUGGUCUCCGGUCCUCGUCUGGCCGCGGAGGACACCUUCAGCCGCCACUUUGAGAGCAUCAUGGAGUCCCACCGCGCCAAGGGGACGUCGUACAACAGCCUGGACAGCGAGGAGCUGCUCACCUCCAGCACCCAGACGGUCCUGAGCUUUGACCUGCCCACACUGACGCCCGCCAUCCACGCUCCGGUGUGCCAGAGCGCGAGGCAGAUCGUGCAGCUCAGCUUCGCCCCGCUGGCGCACGACGAGAGGCCGAGUCUGUCCGAUUCCAUCUUCGAGGUGAUGGGGGACUCGGACGCCACCAGGGCGCCGUCCAGCGAGAGGCUGAGCAGCGGGUCGGACGACACGCCGCGCAGAGGGCGGGAGUGCUCUCAGCUGGGGAGCAGCUGGUACAGCAACCUGUCGUUCUCGUUACCAAGCAGGGACAAGGCCCGCCUGGCGACAGACUCGGAGCUGGAUCAGGACCUGAGUGAGCGGCUCGGUCUGGGCAGCAGCGACACCCUCACCAACGGCAGUAACCGCGCGGACGUGGCGGCCGCCAAACGCCUGGCCAAACGCCUCUUCAACUUGGACGGCUUCAGGAAGUCCGAUGUGGCGCGACACCUCAGCAAAAACAACGAUUUCAGCCGGAUGGUAGCAGAGGAGUAUCUGAGUUUCUUCAACUUCACAGGCCUCUCUCUGGAUCAAGCACUGAGGACUUUCCUCAGACAGUUUGCCCUGAUGGGCGAGACUCAGGAGAGGGAGCGCGUGCUGUCACACUUCUCGAGGCGUUACUUGGACAGCAACCCAAGAGUCAUACCAUCAGAGGAUGCAGUCCACACUCUCACCUGUGCCCUCAUGCUGCUGAACACGGAUCUACACGGUCAGAACAUUGGCAAGAGGAUGUCGUGCACGCAGUUCGUCGGCAACCUGGAGGGACUGAACGACGGCCAAGAUUUUCACAAGGAUCUGCUCAAAGCGCUCUACAACUCAAUCAAGAAUCAGAAGCUGCAAUGGACACUGGACGAGGAGGAGCUGCGGAAGUCCUUCUCGGAGCUCGGGGACAGCCUGUGCGACUCCAACGCCUCCAGGUCCAUGAAGCGGGUGGGCAGCAGCGAGAAGCCCCUGGCGGACGAGGCGGAGCCUACGGGAGCGCUGCUGUACAAGAACGGGUUCCUGGUCCGCAAAGUCCACGCGGACUCAGACGGCAAGAGAACACCGCGAGGGAAGCGAGGCUGGAAGACGUUCUACGCCAUCCUUAAAGGGCUCAUCCUCUACCUGCAGAAAGGGGAGUACAGGCCCGACAAGCAGCUCUCUGAGGAGGACCUGAAGAACGCCGUGUCCAUCCAUCACUCUCUGGCCAUGAAGGCUUCAGACUACAGCAAGAGACCCAACGUGUUCUACCUGAGGACGGCCGACUGGAGGGUUUACCUCUUCCAGGCACCGAAUGCGGAGCAGAUGCAGUCCUGGAUCACACGGAUCAACACGGUGGCCGCCUUGUUUUCCUCUCCUCCGUUCCCGGCGGCCAUCGGCUCCCAGAAGAAGUUCAGCCGGCCGCUGCUGCCGGGGACGAUGUCCAAGCAGAGCGAGGAGGAGCAGGUCAGAUCUCAUGAAUCUCGAUUCAGAGGUCUCUCCACCGAGCUGACCGAGCUGCGUUCCUACCCUCCUGACCGCAAAGUCAAAGGUCGCGAGCUGGAAGAGUACCGCCAGAAGGACGAGUAUCUGGAGUUUGAGAAAACACGGUAUGGGACUUAUGUGAUGCUGCUGCGAGCUAAAAUCCGGAGCGGCGAGGAGGACCUGUCCCUGUUCGAGUCCCAGCUGCUGGAGGAUAACGGGCUGCAGCGAGCUCACUCCAGCCCCACGCUGCAGGACAGCAGCCAGGCCAGCCAGGUGAGCCAGGCCAGCAGCCGAGACGGAGGCACCAGCAGCAAAGCAAGCGCCUGCAGCGGGGGCGGCAAACCCCCCCGACAACAGGAGGGGCAGAGACACAGCUACAGACAGGCCGUCAAGAAGUGAGGCGGGGGCGUGGGGCGCCGGGAGAGCGGCACAGCGUUGCACUGCCAGCAGGCGGGGCUGUCUCCCUGCAGCGGUUUUUAUUUGAGAUCCAGGAGGGGUUUGGAGCUCUGCUUGAAGGGGGGAGCAGGGAGUGAGGGGUGGUCUACUACCCCACACGCUUCCCCCCCGACCAAGACCCCAAUCUUCUCGUCUACCAGAGGAGGGCCCCCCCCCCCGGGCCAGGAUGUUGGUGCAGGAGGUGGGAGGUCACAGGUGUCUUUGAGAGCGGGGACGCUGGGCGCAGCAGCAGACGGAGAGAUAAACACGGUGCUCACACUGAACAGCUGACAGGAACGAGCAUCCAGCAGCAUCUUUUACUUUUCUCCACCUCUCCCGUCAAAACUUCUUCUCCCACCUUUUUUUCUUGACUUUCAUUCAGUUUUUGGGACCAAAACAUUAAAAAAAAAACAUCCCCAUUGUAGACGACUGAUUGUUUGUUUUUAAAAGUGUAAACUUGACUUUGAAAGCAUCACCAGGAGCCGUUACAUUCCCCCGUGGUGUGUUCACAUUCCACACAAGGAGCAGGACAUCACAGCUUUCAGCUCCUCUCUCACUGCAGGUUGGUUUGAAGACGAUGAAAAGGUGCGGCUGCAGAGAGUAACGACGUGAUGAGACGGCACGCGGCUCCUCUCUCUCCCUCUUCUCUCGAUCGCUGACGGCAAAAAGCGUCGGUAGAAGAAGAAGCCGCUCCUGAUGCGCGGCGAUUUUUAAAACUGCAUCUUAUCGAGAGAUUUGUUUUUUUGUUUUUUUUGUAUUUGUGUGUUUCGCUCUACUUGAAACAGGCGAUCUCUUUUCUGCUUCUGUCCCGUGGUUGUGCUUCUGUUUCUCUAUAUUUCUUGGCCGAGAGUUUGUUUUUUCUCAGUGAUCCGCAUGCCUGCAUCCAGCACAGCUUCUUUUUUUAAGGCCUUUUUUUUUUCUUGAUUCGAGGAAAAAAGUUGUUCUCUCUCUCUUAGGGGUCGUUUCUCUUCAUGCCGGUGCCAUAACCCAACAUGUCUGUACUUAUAGCCUCUCAUUUAUAUCCCCCCCUCCCCUCCCCUAUUCGACCACUCACCAGGCAGACCCUGAAUGUUCUUGUUUUUUCAAUAUUUUUACAGUAUUUUACAGUUUGUUGAUGUUGAACCUUAUUCCACCUGUGUACGUCAAAGUGUAUGAUGAAUAUUGUAAAAGGAAAUAUGUUACCCAUACUCUUUGUAAGCAUCCAGGAUAUGUUGUGUAUAUAAAAAUGCACCGUUUAUAUUGUAGGAUAUAUGACGACAAAGUAUAUUUACAAUAUAUUCAACUCUUCAUUGUGAGGACGCGUUAGGUAUGAGUCCCAGACGUGCGACGCCAUAAUAAUCUUGUGUUCCUUUUUCUUACAUGGCGGCACUAAAUCAGCACAAUGUGUGUGUUACAGUGACGCAUUUAUCAGAGAUUAGGACGUGGUUUUAAAGAUGCUUUUGAUGUUUUUUGAACGGACAGUCGAGGAGGAAGCUGUAAAAAAAAGAAAAGAAAAGGAGGAGGUUUUCCAAAGGCGGCGCAUGGUUCGCUCUGAACUAGCAUGAUUUUAAAAAGGGGGUCGUCGGUUGCAGCGAAAUGCAUGAAACGGGGGAAGAAUGUAAAAAAAAAAAAAAAAGAAGAAGAAUCAUUCAGGAGGGUGUUACAAGAUGUUUGGUAGCCAUACACACCUCCAUUAGCGUUAUCGAUGUUUAGCCAUUUUAUCUACUCAGGCUUUUUUUAACACCUUGACCAGCUGCAGCGCCCGUGUCUGACCAGCAGGGGGAGCUGUGUGUUGUUCUUUUUUCCAGCCAUACACAUCUGCUGCACCUGCAGUGAAUAUGCAUGACCCCGCCCCCCUCCCGCUCACCUGAGGGCGGGGACGGAAACUGCAGGGCUAAAACCAGACAAGAGCUGUUUGUGUUUUUAACUCUAGAUGUCAAGUGUGUGUGUGUGUGUGUGUGUGUGUGUGUGUGUGUGUGUGUGUGUGUGUGUGUGUGUGUGUGUGUGUGUGUGUGUGUGUGUGUGUGUGUGUGUGUGUGUACACCUGAGUGUGUGUGUGUACACCUGAGUGUGUGUCUUUCUGUAUGUGAAUGUUACUAUGUGCAUGCUGUGACUGCGCUGGCCGUACAAACAAACAAAGCAGCGUCACGUUGUUCCUCCAUCCUUACAAACUUGUUCUUUGAAUUUAUUUGAAUAUAUUUGAAUAUUCAGGAUUUCGGCUCAUCGUCGUGUUCGCCUCUCAGUCACCGAUCUGUUGCAGUUUCGAGACAUUUUCGUCCGACUUUCCAACAAAAGCCAAACAAAUCCAGUAUUUCUCUCUUGUGCGGUAGUGAAACAGAGAAUCGGGCUGAGAAAAAGCAAUUCAAAGACACAAUCACUGCCAUUGUUUCACUGCUUUCUCACAUUUUGCCAAACAAACUGUUUGAAAAUGAAAAAAAAAAAACCAUGUGAUGCAGCCUGACUGCAGCUUUUUGCUCAUCUACAUCUCAUUCUCUGUUUUUCUUGUCCUAAAUGUCCCUCCAUCUUUCUUCACUUUUCUCUCUGGUGGCUUUAAAGAAAGUAUUCUGUAUGUGGAUAUCGUUAGCUGACAUCCUGUUAUGUUCCACCGCUCAUGAGACUUUACAUCACGACUCUGUAUUUUAUCUGUUCUGUUUAUAAAGUGGCCAAGCCGUCAGAGGGCGCACAGACUCGUGUCAAAGGUCAUUCAUGGUCCACUGAGGAGACAGAUGAAGACGUUUGGUUCUUCCUUUAACGUCCACUGACGUCACAUGAAUCCAAAUAUUAGAUAAAAAAGCAUUUCUUAAGAUUUCAUCCUGGACUAAAUAGUUAUAAUUUAAGGGUUUAAAAAUAACCUUGUCGGGUGCAUUGUAACCCUUCUCUUUUCAAAAUGUGAAAAAUAAAAAUGUCACCAGCUGAACCUCUAACAAGCACAGCCGACAAGCCAGUAAGCACAGAUGUAUAAAAACCAACCAGCAGACUUUAAUUGAAUCACAUGAUAAACUGUUUUUUUGUCUUUUUACAGAGCACUUUAAUUUUUUCCACCUGCUGUUUUUAAAGUCAAGAAUGAAGUUUCUCUCCUGAUGGAACGACAGAUGUGUCAAUCUGUUUUACACUUCCGGGUCUGUUUGGUUUUAUUUGUUAGUUUCCUGCCAUCGGUGGUGGUCUUGACCGGUCUUGAUUUAAAAUCUGGAGUCCGCCCAGUCCAAGACAAGACCGAGUAAAAAUGCUUGAGAUUCCAAGAAGAGACUGAGACCUUUAAAAAGUGGUUUUGAGACCAGACACAGAGUUCAAGUCAAAGUCAUCUCUAUUGUCAAUUUUUUCCAUACAGACAGGAAAAUUGAAAAAAGGUUCCUCUCCAAACCGCGGUGCAAGCUAACUAUAAAAGCAAAAAUCAAUGCUGAGCUUUAAUCUUGAUUCUAAAAUUAAAACCCUUCUAGGAUUUUUACGACAUUGGCUCCCAAAUCUGGGGUCCGGUGGGACGCCAAAGAUCUGAGGUUGGGUACGAGGACGUCUGCUCUCAGGCUGUCAAACUUUAGUUUUGCACAUAUGACCUGAAACCAUUAAAAACACACGUACUGGAUCGAUUUCUUAAAAUGUGUGUGUAGUCCUAAUCUGGCCCUUUUGGAUUAGAAACUGCAGCAGGAAGUCGAUCAAAAACAAAAACAGAUCUGCACAGAUUCAGUAAAUUUGCGGUCGUUUUUUAAAAGCAGAAAUGCCAAUAAUCGAAUGUGAACCCUCACUGCAGUGCAGAAUAGUGAAUAACAUUCUUUAACUUCAACGUUUAGAGACUUUAAAUCUCUCUUCAAAUCCUCCAAAACUUCACACGUACUCGAGGAAAUAAGCAGCUGAUUAAUCGACAAUGAAAACCCCCACUGAUACGAUUUAAAAGUUUAUCUUUAAAUCUUUUUUUUUUAAACUGGAAACUGAAAUAAAAACCUGAAACAGAUCUUCUAACUCAAGCAGCAACAUGUCAUCGAUAAGUAGGUCAAAGGUGAAUCGAUUGGAGGACAUAUUUGAAUGAUUUUAGCAAUUUUCCUUUUUUUUUAACUUUUAAAUUUAUUGAGUACACAGAUAAAAUAUACAACUUCAGGAGAUGCUUUUCAGUUACACUUGUCCAUUUUCUCAUGAAAUCCUAACAUGCCAUUUUACCAAACAACUACACAUCCAUAUCAUACAUGUAUACACACACACCCUUUCCUUCAUACCUACAUUAGAUAGACAUAAACUUACAGACAUACAUACAACCACACAUAUGGCAGCCUUAAUUUUAGCCAUUUUUUACUAAUUUAUGUCACAUUUUUGUUGGUUCCAGCUUCUUAAAAGUAGUCCUCUAAGCAGUGUUAUGUGCAGAUUGAUGAAACAGAUGAAGGCGUAUCUGCAUCAGAUCACCUCCACACAGUGAGAUAACCUAACCUGACAGCAUGUGAUGAGAUAUUCUGGGCACACGGCUCUGUACACUCUGGUACAGUAUGGAUGGAUGUAAUAUAUAAAGGGAGGCAGCUCCACCUUGACAAAGUCUCCAAGGUCCCCCCCCCCCCCUUCCUCCUCCAUCAUGUGUUGUCUCCACUCCCUCACAUCAAAGAGCAGCUGCAGGAUCUCCAUGCCACUGGUUUAGUGUGGAUGUACUGGUCUGGUUUCCCCUGAUGGAGGACUCUGCGACGCUCGUGUGAAAGUCACCCUGUGGUCGUGUGUGUGUGCACGGCUGCAGGCUUCACCUCAGUUAAAGCCGCAGUGCACGUCUGCAGCCGUCUGGACAAACUGUUCUGUCCACCCAGAAGCCUCGUUUCUGAAUGUAAAUAAAGCAUGAGACGUUAUGGCCUGCGUUCAUUUAUGAUAUGGUUAAGAGUAUUACAUGAAAGGUUAAUAUAUAAAGUAGGUCGACGUUCUCCCCGCCCCCCCUGUCCUUGAGCUCAUGGUCAUUCUUGUUGUUUUUGUUUUGAUUUUCUCUCAAUGUGAAUGAAGGAAUAUUUAAAAGCUGUCGUACGCUGUCGUUGUUUUAGAGACUCGAGCCGGCUCAAACAAAUCUUUUUUAGUUUUUUUUUUAGACUGGUGCAGGUUCAGAGAGGCAAUGUUCAUUUUAUGCUACACACACAUACACACACACACACACGCACACACACACACACACACACACACACACACACACACACACACACACACACACACACACACACACACACACACACACAGUGGGCUACAUGUGUCACUGCCUUGUUUUAAACUCACCAAGGGAAAUGUUGUCUGUGAGCUUCUCUAUGGGAGGUGGAAGAGGAAAAUAAAAGUGUUUUGGAAGCUUG